UAAAAUAUUUGUAUGAUUUAAAUAACUCUUGUCAUUGUCUUCAAUAUGACAAAACGGCCAGUAAUAUCAUCAAUCUUCUAUUAUCUCCCGGCCCACCGGGCCCACUUGGUGAUCACGAAAAUUUACUUACAGGACUGUCAGUCUUUAACAGUAUCUCGUCGGUGCUGGUGUCAGUCACAAUGGCGCUAUCAAAGGCAUUGUUAAAACGUUUAAAUUCAGAUGACAUUCCUGUGGCGAAACGAAUAAAAUUAGCAGAAACUGCUAUGGAUCUAUCACUCAUUCCCAAAGAAGAUUCGCUCGUGAAAUGGCUUUGUAAACUUUGUGUCACGAAUCAAUGUUUGUUGAAAUGCUUGAAUAAUUGUUUAAAAUCUGUCCAUGAAUUGAAGACUAGUACAAAACAAUAUUUGGUCGAUAUGCUUGUGCAAAUAUUAAACAGUAAUAUGACAGAUGUAUAUGAGGAAGAUCUCGAGUGCUGCAGCUUAAUUCUUGCUAAUAAUAGUAUGCGACAAUAUUUUGCAAACAAACCAAAGAAUCUAGAUUUCUUAAAAAUCUUAUUUAAUAAUGUAUCAGAUCGUUCCAGCUGUCAUAAUUCAAAGCAAGAAGAAUAUGAUCAAUUACUCAAACCAUGUAAAUUAUCUCCUGCAGAAAAUUAUGCUAUAAUAAGCAUUAUUGAAAGUCUAAUACAAAUAUAUAAAUUGACGACUAUAAAAAAUGAAUUAAAGUCAAUCUUUAUAUGUGAUAUUUUAUAUCCUAUGUGUAAUUUAAUUGAUCAUAGACAUAUAGAUAAUACAAACAAGUUUGGUAUAGUGGCAUAUAAAUGUAUUCAGCAUCUGUUGCUCAAAGAAACCAAAUUAAUGCAAAACAAACAAACUUCAGAAAGUGUUCAAACAAUGUUCACAGAGUUAUUUUGCACAUUAUCUGAAAAUGUGAAUACAUUAAAUUUUCAGAGUAAUUUUGUAACAUUUCAGUUUAUUUUUCGUGCUGUAAUAGGCACUUACAAAUCAGAUGCUACUUUAGUGGAUGCAUUUUUCAGAAAUCUAAUUAAUUCCUCUGGGAAAUACAAGUGGGAAAUCUUGAGUGUUUUCCUCGAACUACUAAAUAAUAUAACACUCGACUUUGAUAAUACUAUAGAAGAUGUCACACUAUUUGAAUAUUUUCAAAAAAUUAUAACUGAUAUCUUAACAUAUGAUAAUAUUACAUGCAUACAUUAUGGCAUACUUACACAACUAUCAUAUCUCAAUCCACUUUUGAUAGAGAAAAAUAUUCCAGAUAUUUUAAAUAAAAUACUGAUGAAAGAACAAACUAUUGAUUAUACAAACUUAUUAAUUGCUAUUUUGCACUCCAGUACGAAAUUGAGACGUGAACAAAAGUUGAUUUCACAAUUGUUAAUAUCAUUAAAACAGCAUUUGACAACGAAGAAAGUGUACAAAAUGAACAUGGCAUUCUUUCCAUAUGAAUUUAGAAUAAAAUUGAGAGAAACAAUUAGCAACUUUUCCAAUACACAAACAAUUGCAACCUUAAGAACAUUAAUACAUUAUUUAAAUGUAGAUUGUGUAGAACUGUUGGAAUAUGAUAUUUCACGUAAAAAUAUAUUAAUAUUACAGGCAACUGUAGAAUUACUUGUUGUACUUUUUGAAGGUACACAGAUUUUUGAAUAUACUAGGACACUGUCCAUCUAUGAGAAGUUUGUUAAUGAUUUAGAUAAAUUGGAAAAUACUUUAUCAUUGUUGAUAAAUAAAGCAUUGUGUUUAAAUCAUGAUAAAAAUAUUAUCAUAUUACUGUUAACUGCAGUGCAAUCAUUAAGUGAAAUACAGGACACAUUAAAAUAUUACAUACCAAAAGGUGCUGAUACAAAGAAACUAUUUUUCCCAAUUCUGGAUGAUCCUUGGCAACAAUUAAUUCAGCGAAUAACUAAUUUUGGAGAAGAUAAUUGCAAAAAUAUCAUGAAUAAACUUAUUUUACAUCGAAUAAAAUUGAAUAUAUCAAAUGAACCUAUUAAACUUCAUGGUUUAAUAGGUGGCCUUGAAUAUGCUUGGAGUUCUAUCUUGAAAUAUAACACAAACAUACUUCCAUUAUUAAGUAACAAAGAAAUAUCCAAAGUAACAUGUUUAUUGUUGGAUAAUAUAACAUCAAAUGAACAAGAUUUUCGUGAAUGGCUUGAUUUAUUAGAUAAUGAUUGCCUUCAAGAAAAUAGUCGCUUUGUAACGUGUCUCUUAAGCCAUAUUUUCAUUCAAAUUGGACAUUGUUUGUCAUCAGGAUGUACAAAAUCCAUUACAGAACACAUUAAUGUCAAAUUAUUGACGGAGAACGAAAAUAAUAAUAUGCUAGAAGUUUUGCAAAUUGUAAAAGAAUUAAUAUCACAAGAGCAAUGGGUGCAAAUGGCAGAUGCAAUUUCCUCUAAAAUAGAAUUGUAUUUGGAAGUAUUACUCCAUUUACCAAUAAUGUAUUUUAAUUCUAAUAUGAGAAUGUUAAUAUUCCUAGUUGUAUAUUCCAUUAGUAAAGAAUGUGGAGAAAAUAAAAUAUUGACGUUAUGCAACAUGAUCUUUUCAGAUCUACUAGAAAAAAUCGGCAUCGACAUAUUUCAAUACAUAGAACCAACAAUGUUAAUAAAUCAGUUACCACAAAAAAAAACAUUUUUGAAAGCUUGCGAAUUUUCUCUUCGCAAUGUUAAAACAUAUGCCAUUUUCAAGAGUCUCAAAAGCUGUGCUCAACACAAGGAAACUAUCUAUAGUCUUUUGGAAUGCAUGGAGAUGGUUAAACCAAAACUAGAUACUGAGCAAAAAAUCAUUUUCAGAAAAGCAGAGAAAAAAUUAGUCAAAGCUAUUUUGAAAAUGUUACCUGAAAAAAUAAAUAAUACUUCUGAUGUAAAAUGUUUGAUAGUAAUAUUAAAAAUAACAAUAUCAACUGGAAAAAUUACUGAUACUUUGAAAAAAUUAACUGAAUUAACUCUUGAAAAUAUAUUUAUAAAAGAGGUAACAGAAAAUUCAAAUAAUACUAAUACUAAUAAUAUGUUAUUGCAACAAGGUGUACAAUUGGCUAUUAUAGUUUUACGACAUCAUAAAAUAUUUGAGAUCCCAGAUAGAAUCAUUAAAAACUUAUGGUUUAUAAUAUUGAAGUAUCCUUGCAAGAAUUUGCUUGAAGUCUUAUUAGCAUCUUCUGAAUCAAAAGAAUUUUAUGAAUUUUUAAGAUUACUAUAUGCUAAGACGAUUGAGAGCUUGUCACAAACAAAUGAAGCAACAUGGACGAAUUUGUUUCUCACUUGGAGUGGAAUAAUGAAAACAAACAUGAGAGUCAAACGUAAUAAAGCGCGUUUGGAUGCAAUCAACAAUUUAUUUGAAACUGUACUCAUGUUGAAUAUUCCUGACACAUAUUGGUCAGGUAUAUUGGAUUUAUCUCAUGAUAUAAUUAGCGUCAAGCAUUUAGUUAUACCUGAUACUACAAUUGAUCUUAUUAUAUUGAUUGGUAUAAAAUCGCUCGUUAAAGUAAAAAUAUCGUCAUGUGAUAGUGUGCUUGCCAUCUGUGAAACAUUGAUGAAAGUCAGAACAAAUUUGAUAACAGACAGAUUACCUAAUUUAUUGUUGUUGUAUAGAGCUGUAACAAAUAUCAUUGUCCAUGCGUCAAAAAAUGUGGCUGAUAAAUUUGAAGAGCAUCGAUUUAGAUGUUUCGCAUUCGGUAUCGAAAAACUUACAGGUUUAUUGAUGAAGUUAAAAAAAGAUAUGAUUCGACUAAGUCCCUAUGUGAUAGCCGAUUUUUUGCAUUUGUGUAUAGAAAGCGCUAUACCAUCUUAUAUUAAGAUGGCUUUGUAUAAUUCUCUAUGUCAAUUAAUUAGUAUUUGUGAUCAGCAUGGAAUCGCCUUUUUAUCUCGUACAUUACCAGCAUCAUUGCAGGAAGUCUUCAAAGUACAAUUAAAUACAUUUAAUAAGUUUUACAAAUAUUCUGGCAAGAUUUAAAUCUUCAUUACUUCUCUAGGAGAGUAAUUUUGAUACAAUUUUAAAAAAUGGA